AUGAAUAAUGAAUUUGCGGAGGUGGUACAUAAAUAUGCACAGAUACGAGCCAAUGUUGAUAACUAUCCAACUGAGCCGGACUUCUUCGUGGCCACUGCACUGUCGGCCAUUAUCAGGACGCAGGCUCUGCAAAGAGUCAUGUGGAUACCAGUAUUUCUUACUUAUUUUUUACUGCUUCCUUCAAUAUUCGCUUCAGAUAACGACAUUGAUGAUGUGCCCCGUAUUGGGCAAUCGUAUGGAACUGUGCUUGUUAGCACCCUUGAUGGUCAGCUAAGGGCCCUGAGCACCGAAGAUGGAGCGACAAAGUGGACCCUACAAGAUGAUCCCGUACUACGAGCUCCAACCACAGUCAAACAAGGUUUCACCUUUCUCCCUAAUCCACAAGAUGGUUCCCUUUAUAUACUCAAGGAAGGUAUUCUUAAACGACUUCCGCUUAGUAUUCCUGCACUAGUCCACGCUUCACCUCUAAAGAGCAGUGAUGGAGUGUUGUAUGCCGGAAGUAAACGGGAUGUGUGGCUUGAAAUCGAUCCUCUAACCGGUACAAAGGUCGAAACGUUGUCGGCUACGAAUGACAAAGUCUGCCCUGCAAACAACAAGGAUGGGGUUUUUGUUGGCCGGACUGAAUAUAGGAUAAGCAUGUAUGAUACAAAGGAUCGUGGAAAGACUUGGAACACCACAUUUUCAGACUACACCGCUCAUUUGCUACCAUCGAACAAUGACUACCCAUUUCGACACUAUGUUACGUCCAACGGAAACGUUCUUACAGUGGGACCUACUGGGGAGAUCAUCUGGCAGCGUGACUUUGGCUUACCCGUUGUAGCUAUGUAUCUUCUUCAACAUGAUGGUCUUCACAAAUUGCAUUUCACAGUAAUGGGUGGUGAAACAAUGGAAAAUAUAAUUAAGAUUUCCUUUGGAGCGUAUAAAGCUGAAACAUCAUUAAACAUGAGAUAUGUGCGCAAAUUAAGCUGCGGUUCUUGUUCGCCCUAG